GCGGCAGAGAGCCGUCAGUUGCGCAGCCAUGGCUGGAGCUUGGGUGUGCGUUUCCCUCUUGGCUGUGGCCCUGGUGCUCGUCGGCUCCGUGAAGAUUGGCGAUGAGCUGGAUCCUCUGUUGGGCGCCCCGAAGGACAUCGAUAACCCCGACAACGAUGAGGGUGUGCAGAAGGCCCUGCAGUUCGCCAUGACUGAGUACAACAAGGACAACAACGACCUGUACGCCAGCCGGGUGGUGCGGAUCAUCAGUGCCAAGAGUCAGAUUGUGUCUGGAGUCAAGUACAUCAUGAAGGUGGAGGUUGGCCGGACAACUUGCCCAAAGACAGCCACUGAUGUCCAGAGCUGUGCUCUCAAUGAGGAACCAGAUAUGGCCAAGCUCACCACUUGCAAGUUUGUAGUGUACACUGUUCCUUGGCUAAACCAAAUUAAACUACUGGAAAGCAGCUGCCAAUAAACCUGUCUUGUUCCAGCAGAGACCAGCAACCAGUUACUCAGACUUGAGAAACAAAAUGAAGGCAAUAACACAAGUGGAGAUGGGCUUUAUCCAUGCCUGUUAACACAGCUACUUAUGUAUGCUUGUGCUAUGCAAGUUCAACUAAGUAACUUUCCUUUAAA